GUGGUGACUCUGGGUAGGAGGAGUGCUGACUCUGGGAGGUGCACUCAGCAGCCACUGCCCUGCUCAGUGGAUCCUGGACUCAUGGAGCGGCUGCUCUUGCUGCUGGGGGUGCAGCCCGGGCACAUUUGAUCGCUGCUGUCACCUUUAUUGUCCCCUGUGUAUUUGUAGUGUGCACCCUGCUCCCCUGCCUGGCAUUGCUGUGUGUGAGCAUUGUGUGCUCCAGCUUGGCAGUGCUUGAGCUCCCCAGCCUGGCAGUGCCCUGUGCUCCCCAGCCUGGCAGUGCCAUAAGCUCCCCAGCCUUGCAGUGCCCUGCACUCCUCACCCUGGCAGUGCCCUAAGCUCCCCAGCCUGGCAUUUCCCUGAGCUCCCUGCCUUUGUUGUGUCUUUGUGUAGUGCUGAGAUUGCAUGCUGUACACGGUCUGCUCUGUUUUGUCCUCAUUGUGGGAGUUGUGUAGUGUUGUAUCUGUAAGUGUGUGUGUGUGGCCCCUUCCACUGUAACCUGCUCCUCUCACCCAUCACCAUGCCGGAUCUGAUCAGUGUGUCGGAAUUUGUAUCUGAGACCAAUGAGGAUUACAAGUCUCCCACUGCGUCCAACUUUACAACCAAACUGAGCCAAUGCAGGAACACGGUGACAGCCAUAGAAGAGGCUCUUGAUGUGGAUCGCAACAUCCUCUACAAAAUGAAGAAAUCUGUGAAAGCCAUUAACACAUCUGGUCUGGCACAUGUAGAAAAUGAAGAGCAGUACACCCAAGCACUGGAAAAAUUUGGAGGGAACUGUGUCUGUAGAGAUGAUCCCGACCUGGGCACAGCCUUUCUGAAAUUCUCUGUUUUUACCAAGGAACUAACUGCACUUUUCAAGAAUCUGGUCCAGAAUAUGAAUAAUAUUAUAACAUUCCCGUUAGACAGCUUGCUGAAAGGAGACCUGAAGGGAGUAAAAGGGGAUUUGAAAAAACCUUUUGAUAAAGCAUGGAAAGACUAUGAAACUAAAGUGACCAAAAUAGAAAAGGAAAAAAAGGAGCACGCCAAACUUCACGGGAUGAUCCGCACUGAGAUUAGCGGGGCUGAAAUUGCUGAGGAAAUGGAGAAAGAAAGACGCUUCUUCCAGCUACAGAUGUGUGAGUACCUGCUGAAAGUGAAUGAAAUAAAGAUCAAAAAAGGAGUUGAUCUACUGCAAAACUUAAUUAAGUACUUCCACGCGCAAUGCAACUUUUUCCAGGAUGGUUUGAAAGCUGUUGAAAGCCUGAAGCCCUCCAUUGAGAAACUUUCAGUCGAUCUACACACGAUCAAGCAGGUCCAAGAUGAAGAAAGGAAACAGCUGAGUCAGCUUCGAGAUAUCCUAAAAACAGCGCUGCAAGUCGAACACAAGGAGGAUUCACAGGUCCGCCAGAGUGCAGCCUACAGCUUACAUCAACCUCAGGGCAACAAGGAGCAUGGCACAGAGAGAAAUGGCUACCUGUACAAGAAGAGUGAUGGAUUAAGAAAAGUUUGGCAGAAGAGGAAAUGCUCUGUUAAACACGGUUAUCUAACAAUAUCCCAUGGCACAGCCAACAUCCCCCCUGCAAAACUGAAUCUGCUAACCUGCCAAGUAAAAACUAACCCAGAAGAGAAGAAGAAUUUUGAUCUCAUCUCUCAUGAUCGGACAUAUCAUUUUCAAGCAGAAGAUGAGCAAGAGUGUCAAAUAUGGAUGUCCGUGCUCCAGAACAGCAAAGAAGAAGCCCUAAACAAUGCCUUCAAAGGAGACCACAGCACCGGAGAAAACAACAUUGUCCAAGAACUCACCAAGGAGAUUAUAUCAGACAUCCAGAGAAUGCCAGGCAACGACGUGUGCUGUGACUGCGGGGCAUCAGAACCUACUUGGCUUUCAACAAAUUUGGGCAUAUUAACCUGUAUUGAGUGCUCAGGGAUUCAUCGGGAACUCGGAGUGCAUUACUCCCGAAUACAGUCGCUCACACUGGAUGUCUUGGGGACCUCAGAACUUUUGCUUGCCAAAAACAUUGGUAACUCUGGAUUUAAUGAGAUUAUGGAGAUCUGUCUACCUGUUGAUGACUCGGUGAAACCUUCUCCUAGUAGUGAUAUGAAUGCAAGAAAGGACUACAUAACCGCAAAGUACAUAGAAAGAAAGUACGCGAAGAAGAAAUAUAUUGACAAUUCAUCAAAACUGCACGGUCUAUGUGAAGCAGUCAAAGCAAGAGACAUUUAUUCACUGGUGCAGCUGCAUUCCGAUGGUGUAGACCUCACAGAAACCAUUCCAUUAGCUAAUGGGCAUGAACAAGGGGAGACGGCCCUUCACCUUGCAGUCCGAUCUGUAGACCGCACUUCACUGCACAUAGUAGAUUUUCUGGUACAAAACAGUGGUAACCUGGACAGGCAGACUGCGAAAGGCAGCACAGCACUUCAUUACUGCUGCUUAACGGACAACGCGGAGUGCCUUAAACUACUGCUCAGAGGAAAAGCUUCCAUAGAAAUUGCCAAUGAAGCAGGAGAAACUCCGAUGGACAUAGCCAAGCGACUGAAGCAUACACAGUGUGAAGACUUGCUCAUGCAAGCAUUGACGGGCAGAUUUAAUGCUCACGUCCACGUGGAGUAUGAGUGGAGGCUGCAUAACAUGAAUCUGGAUGAAAGCGAUGAUGAUGUUGAUGAAAAGAUGCAGCAGCCAAGCCCAAAUCGCAAGGAUGACCGACCUAUCAGCUUCUACCAAAUUGGACCAAACCCCAUGCAGCCCAGUGUUGCAUGCUUAGCCAGGGAUGUAGCCAAUGUUGCUAAGAACAAGCAAACGUUCAUGCCCAGUCUGCUGCAGAAUGACACCUACGGAGCGGUACUUAAUAACAACAAUUCCCCAGUAAAUACAGUGCCUCCACCUACGACCAGCGCCCCUCCUUUACCCCCAAGGAACAUUGGCAAAGUCCAUUCGACUAUUUUUGGCAGUAGUAUACACUCCUCCACUACCCCAGCUUGGAAAGUUAAUACAGCUGGACAUGAAUUUGGCAGCAGACAGAGGUCCUCAUCUGAUCCGCCAGCUAUUCAGCCGCCCGUGCCACCAAUACGUAUAACUUCCUCCGCCACAAAUCCUCCUCCGCCUCCAGUUGCAAAGACUGCCAGCGUCAUAGAAGCAUUAAACCAGCACUCUAAACAGAGCUCUGCGCCUCCAAUACCCCAGAACAAGCCCGUUCCUCCCCCAGUCCCACCACAACCCACCAACCGCUUGAUACCAAAAAAGCAUGUGCCUGCGAUAGAAAAACCUCCCGCAAUGACAAAGGCUCCACCUGUAGGUCCAGCAGCAACACAACCUCCAGUCACAACAGCUGAGCCAUCACCAGACCCUGCACCUCUCAAGCCAGGACCUAAAGGCAGCAGCACAGCUCCUACACAAGCUCCUGCACCCAUGCCUCGGAGAUCACAGCUGGCAAAAGUGAAGCCAAAGCGGGUGAAGGCGAUAUAUAAUUGCUCGGCUGACAAUCCAGAUGAGUUAACAUUUUUAGAGGGAGAGAUCAUAGUGGUGGAUGGAGAAGAAGACCAGGAGUGGUGGAUUGGGCAUAUUGAGAGUGAGCCGACACGAAGAGGAGCAUUUCCCGUGUCGUUUGUGCACUUUUUUACAGAAUAACCACUAGCAAACCUCCCUCCAUCAUUCUCUCCACGGGACCUCUAGCCAAACAGAAGACCUCUGCAGAGAUGUAAUGGUAACGGGAUCCGCAAACCACCAAAUCGAUGCCACAAAUGUCAGUGAAUCUACAUUGUAGCUACAACCACUCCUUUUUCUACCAAUGGGAAAGAAAGACAUAAGACUCAUAAUGUUUUAUUAGGACAACUGUAUAACUUGUAUAUUUAUUUUUCUUCAAAGGAAGAUUCUUACCAAUCGGAUGUAGAUAUUCAUGUUGAACACUAGAGAUCUUUCCAGCCUUCUAAUACACCAAGGAUUUUUGUACCACGCUGGCUUUAUAUGACCAAUGGUUUAUUAAUGGUGUCCUAUUCUAUGUUAGCUGGAGACAGGGGUACAUUGCAGGGCAAUGUACUGCUCGCUCUCCCUCAGUUUAGCGGGGUCUAUUACCUUUUGGGACAUACUAUUGUUUGUUUGUUUGUUUGUUUGUUUUCUGGUUAGUAAAUUAACGCUACAUUUUUAUAUAGAGCUAAUCAUUCCAAUCUUUUGUGAUCUUCUAAUAAAUAACCAGAUGAAUGGAAAUAAA